AUGAUGCAGCAGGAGGAGGCGACAGCCAACUCCAAGAUGCAGCUCAUGGCCCAAGAGGCUCGCGACCAAGAAGAAGAGAAGUUCACCAAGUCACUGAACGGCUCUGAGGUGUCCAGCAACAGCAGCAGCAACUCGCUCGAACUUCCCUCGGGCGUCGUCUCCAAGCCUUACGGCAUGGAGGGCGUCGAGCGCUACGACAACGCCUUCCACCGCGUCAAGCUCAUGCAGUCUGAGAUUAUUGUCGAGCGCGGCAUCACCCGCCGCCUCGCCGAGGUCGGCAAGCAGAUUUUGCCCGAGACCUGCCACGAGAGCAACAACUACCUUCUUACCGACUCUAUGGUCGACAACCUUUACGGCGACCGUGUGCUCGAGGGCCUGCGUGAGGCUGGCCUCAAGAUUUUCAAGAUUGUUGUGCCCGCCGAUGAGCUUGACGAGACAGGCGAGCCCUCUUGCGAGCGCCACAAGACGCUCGACGUCUUCAGCCGCUGCGUUGACCAGAUCCUUGAGCGUGGCAUUGACAAGAAGACCGCCAUCAUCUCCCUCGGCGGCGGUGUCGUGAACAACAUUGCCGGUUUCAUCUCAGCCACCCUCUACCGCGGUAUCACGCUGGUCCACUUUUCCACCACCACCAUGGGCCAGGUCGAUGCCGCCAUUGACUUUAAGCAGGCCGUCAACCACCACAUGGGCAAGAACCUCCUGGGUGCCUACCACCCGGCCUCUCGCAUCAUCCUGGACCCUGAAGUCCUCGUGAGCCAGAGCAAGCGCCACAUUCUCAACGGUCUGGCCGAGUCGAUCAAGCACGCCUUUACCCAGUCGGAGGAGCUCAUCAACUACAUUGUUGACAACCGUGCCAUGCUCGAUGACAAGGAACAGGCCGUCGACUACCUCGAGCAGAUCAUUCGCCUGACCAUUGCCCACAAGGUGCCCACCCUCUCGGGUGACACUGAGAACAACUACAACGAGUAUUGCCCUCAGUAUGGUCAUUGCCCCGGCCAUGCCGUUGAGUUUUUGAGCCUGCACACCGAGGGUUCCAAGGCAGCCCUGCUGCACGGCGAGGGUGUCACCAUUGGCAUGUGCCUUUCAGCUGAGGUGGCCCGCCUCAAGGGCAUCUGCGACGAUGUUUGCGUCGAGCGUCACUACGAGGUCUGCCAGGCCAUGGGCCUGCCCGUCUAUAUCCCUGACGACAUGAGCGUCGAGGCCAUCCUCAACAAGAUGUGCUACGACAAGCACUACGUCAAGCAGCCCACCAUGGGUCUCACCACCAAGGUCGGCGAGAUGUACGGCAUUGACGGCGACUAUGGUCACUCGAUUGACCUGGAGACGCUCAAGAAGGCCAUUGCCAUUAACAUCAACCGUCGUGAUGCCCAGUCAUCAUAA